CCGUCCGUAUCCGUACGUUGUACCUAUGGGAUCGGGGUUUAAGCUAUAGAACCGCCUCGUCUGCUCGUCUCCGUCGCCAAAUCGCCACGUUUGAACACGCCCUAAAGCGUAUCGUACAGUUGAUAGUAGCAUAUAUACGUCCAGGAGUCUGAUCAACAACUGAUUUAGAUUUUAUUGAAAAAUGUCGUGUGUUCUUUCUUCGUAAUAAUAGUUUAAUUGGCAUUUGGUUGUACUUAAAAAAUUCCUAGUUUCUUAUUAGAAAGAAAGAAUUAGAGUCGAGUUUUAUGAUUUGGGUUAUGCGAUUGUCACUUUAUUGUUGAAGAAGUCUAUUGUUAUAUAUAAUUAAUACUAAUCAUGCCGGAAGAAAAGGAACAAACUGAAUUCCAAGUAUUCAAAACUGUAUUUGUACAUUGCAUUGUUAUAAUAGCAUGUCCUGUGAUAUCAUUCUUUUUGAGUAAAGCCUUCAUCUUUGACACACUGUUUGGACUUAAUUCAGUGUCGAGCAACAUUUAUGCUGCUGGUGUUGCAAUGUUGAUUUUACAUCUUGCGCUUGGAGCAUUUAUAUACAGGGCAUACUUUGACCAGCCAACAAAAACACCAUCAAAACAGGAUUAAGAGCUUGUUCAACUGCUAUUUACACGUCUUUAAGAGAAUUUUGCAUAUUAAGUAUUAUGUGGAAAGAUUAAAUGGACCAAAACUUUUUUUUUCUAUUAGAUUAACUUGUUUUUAUUGUACAUUGUACAGUUACAAUAAAUUUCAUCUUUUUUUUUAAGGUA